UUUCCUUACUGUUCUGAACCCUAAAGUUUAAGAUCUAUCUUAACCACGCUUAGAAUGCUGCUUGCGCAAUUCCACCUGCCACGGGGCAUUUCGUCUUUUCACGGACUUUGAGAAAACGAUCAUGAUAUAUCCUCAUCAAACAUGGGCAAUUUGUAAAUAAAGUGUACGGAGCGCUUUGAGGGGUGGAAGAAGAUGCUGCUGCAGCUGUGCCUGCGGGGAGAGUGGCUCGCGCUGGAGCAGAGCAUCAAAGGUCUGGACCGUGGAGACCCGGAGCUGAGCGCCGUAGAUGAGGAGUCAGGGCUGACGGUGCUCAUGGUGGCGGUGAGAGAGAACCGUCUGGCGGUGGUGGAGAGGCUGCUGGAGCUGGGAGUCAACCCUGCAGACAGGAGCAAGGAUGGCAGGACAGCCCUCCAUGUUGCCGCCGCCCAUGCCAAGGAUGACAUAAUCAAACUUCUGGUCAGGAAGUCAGAUCCCAACACACCUGGAGGGCCCGGGCAUCAGCUCCCUCUCCACUACGCUGCAUCCAGGUGCCCCCCCUCCCUCCCCCCCCUCCAGACCCUCCUCCGAGCCUCCAACAGAGACGCACGUCUGACCCCUGACAAGGAUGGCAGCAUUGCUCUCCUCCUAGCGGUGGAGGCAGGGAAUGUGGGAGGAGUCAAGGAGCUGCUUGGAACCCUGCCAGAGGCCCAGCUUGGAUCUCAGACACAGGUCGGUGGAGAUUCUGCUCUUCAUGUCUGUAUCAGGAGGAAGGACUUGGAGAUGGCCAAGGUUCUACUGGACCAUGGAGCGCAAGUCAACACACAGAACGGUGAAGGUCAGUCUCCUUUCCAUAUCGCUGCGUUUGAGGGUGAUGAGAUACUGCUGAAGCUUCUGUACCACAACAAGGCCAACCCCAAUAUCACUGACCAGUUGGAGCGCUCCCCUCUGCACAUCGCCGUAGAGAGAGGACACGCCCACGUGGUGGAGAUCCUUACGGAGAAGUUCAAGUCCAACGUACUGGCCAGGACCAAGGAUGGCAGCACGCUCCUCCACAUCGCCUCCCAGUGGGGUCACCCUGACACUGCACUGGCCCUGCUCAGGAAGGGGGUGCCACUGCACAUGCCCAACAAGUCAGGUGAAGUGUGUCUCCACGCGGCCUCCAGGCGUGGCCACGCGGCUGUGGUGCGUGCUCUCCUCCAGAAGGGGGCGAUGUUGGACAGCCGUACUCGUCAGGGCCUCUCGGCACUGCACCUGGCUGUGCAGAGCUGCAGGCCCCAGGUGGUGCAAGUGCUGCUGGGAUACGGAGCCUGCGUCCAGCUGCAUGGAGGACAGUCUGGAGAGAGUCCUCUCCACAUGGCGGCGCGGGUGAGAGAGGGCGAGAAGGUGGCAGAGAUGCUGCUGAAGAGCGGAGCAGAGGUCAACGCGGAGCAGCAGGACGGAGAGACAGCGGUGCAUGUGGCAGCUCGACAUGGAGGUGUGAAGAUGCUGAGAGCCCUGCUUGAGGAGGGGGGAGACCCCACCUGGAGGUCAAAGGCAGGGGAGAGUCCUCUCCAUGUGGCGGUGCGUCACCGGCACGCCCACGUGGUGGAGGAGCUGCUCCUCCAUCUGACCAAUCAGAGGAGCCGAGAGGAGGCGUGUCGCUGCGUUUGCCAGGAGAACACGAGAGGGGAGGCGUGUCUGCACCUGGCUGUUUCUUCAGGGGUCAGGGGUCAGGCAGGAGAGGAGGAGGAGGGAGAGGAGGAAGGGCAGGAUGUACGCAUCAUCAGAACCCUGAUGGAGUAUGAGGCUGACAUCACUGCUGUCACCACUGAGACCGAGGAGACUCCGCUCCACUACUGUGCCAGACAGGGCGACACCGCCGCCCUGCUGGUGAUGCUGAGCCUCGUCGCACCCUCCCUCCAGCAGGGGGCCGUCAACAAACACUACAAGAAGGGCUGGUCUCCCCUGCUAUUGGCUGCAGAGCAAGGUCACCUGACAGUGGUGAGGACCCUGCUGCAACACCAGGCCAGAGUGGACGUCUUCGACCAGGAGGGGAGGUCUGCAUUGCACUUGGCAUCUCAGCGAGGUCAUGUGGACAUCGUAGACGUCCUGCUAUCCCACAAUGCAUUUGUGAACGCCAAGACCAAGCUGGGCCUCACCCCCCUUCACCUGGGCGCUCAGAGCGGCUCCGCCCACCUUGUCUCCCUAUUGGUCACAAAGCACCAGGCCAGCAUCGACGCGCUGUCAUUGAGCAAGCAGACCCCCCUUCACCUAGCAGCAGUGUGCGGUCAUCUGGAGGUGUGUUCCAGGCUGCUGCAGGUGGGAGCCGACAUCACAGCCUCGGACAUACGAGGUCAGACCCCCCUCCACCUGGCAGCCGAGAGUGACCACUCAGAGGUGGUGCAGCUGUUCCUACGGCAACGUCCCGAGCUAGCGACGCUGGCUAACAUGGAGGGCGCCACCUGCACGCACAUCGCCGCGGCCAAGGGCAGCCUGGCCGUCACCAGGGAGCUGCUCAGCUUCAGCCUGGGAGGAGCGGCACUCUGCAGCAAGACCAGUGGCUCUGGGCCCCUCCACCUGGCCUCCUCUGGGGGCCAUGCAGAGGUGGUGAAGGUCCUGCUGGAGGCUGGAGCCCCCCCACUCCUGGAGGAUGCUGAGGGGAUGACUGCAGUUCAUCUGGCAGCCAGAAGGGGGCACACUCACCUCCUGGAGGUCCUUAAACACAGCCUCUCUCUCAGCAUCAGUAGCACCAAGACAGGGCUGAGUGCGCUGCAUGUGGCAGCGUGUCACGGGCAGGUGGAGGCGGUGAGGGAGCUACUGACCCAGGUUCCGGCCACCAUGCGCAGUGAUGCCCCUGGUGCAGGCCCCAGGGGUGGCCCCCCGGCGGAGUCAGGAUACACUCCUCUCCACCUGGCCGCCCAGUCAGGUCACGAGGGAGUGGUCAGACUGCUGCUCAACUCUCCAGGUGUUCAGGCUGACGCACAAACAGAUGUCCAGGGCUCCUCCCCCCUGCACCUGGCAGCCCAGCGUGGCCAUGUGACCGUGGUGGGCCUGCUGCUGAGCCGCUCCGCCCCUCUGCUACACCUGAGGGACGAGGCGGGGCGCACCUGUCUUCACCUGGCCGCCGCCAGCGGACACGUCGCCAUGGUGAGGCAGCUGCUGGGCCAGGGGGCCGACAUCAACAUCACUGACCAGGCUGGCUGGACGGCGCUGCACUGUGCUGCCCAGGCCGGCUGUCUGGACGUGGUGCGCCACCUGGUGGAGAGUGGCGGCAACACAGGCGUGGAGUGCCAGGCGGGCAGGACGCCACUCCAGUACGCCGCCAUGGAAACACACCUGCACAGCCUCAGCUUCCUGCUGAGGCGAGCCGACAACAACACACUCCGACUGCUGGAGGACAGGAAGUUUGUGUUUGACCUGAUGGUGUGUGGCCGUUUGAACUCUGACCUCUCCCUGGACGAGUUCAUCCUGUCGUCCCCCGCCCCCCUGGACACCGCCGUCCGCCUCUCCCGGGCGCUGGGAUUGGCCGCCCUGCGGGAGAAGGAACGCUCCGCCGACCUAUCCGCUGCGGCCGGGCACUGCGAGGGCGUGGCCUCGGACCUGCUCAGUAUGGCGUCCAUGAGCGUGGCCGGGCCCGGACCGGGGUCCGCACCAGGGUCAGGACUGGGCACCGGGGUGGUGCUGUGCUCGGUGGACCACAGGGGGCUGAGCCAGCUGGACCUGCUGCUGGAGGCUGGCCUGCAGGGGGUGGUGGCCCAGCCAGCCGUCCAGGCCUACCUGUCUGAGCUGUGGCUGGGCUGCCUGGCUCACUGGGACCCCUGGAGGCUCCUGCUGCUCUUCAUGGCCAUGCUGCUCUGCCCCGCGCUCUGGGUGGCGCUCUCCCUCCCGCUCACACACAGGUACAACACUGUGCCCAUCGUGAAGUUCAUGUCCCACCUGGUGUCCCACCUCUUCCUCCUGCUCCUCCUCAUCCUCACCACGGUGUACCCCCCCCUCAGCCCCCCCCACCUCGGCCGGCUCACGCCCAGCUGGACUGACUGGCUGCUGUUGUCCUGGAUGGCUGGGAUGCUGGUGUCAGAGCUGAGCCAACCAGGAGAGAGGGCGGGGCUAGCGUGGGUCCGCGUCCUCGUCUUGCUCUUCGCCGGCUCCGCCCUCCUGUGUCACUUCCUGGCUGUGGUCCUGCAGGGCUUCAGCCCCGCCCACCUCCACUGCCUGUUCGCCCGGAACGCACUGCUGGCGGUUGCCAUGGCGCUGGGCUUCGUGCAGCUUCUGGACUUCCUGUCGUUCCACCACCUGUUCGGGCCCUGGGCCGUCAUCAUCCGAGACCUCCUGAGGGACCUGGGGAGGUUCGCUGUGAUCCUGGCUCUGUUCCACACCGCCUUCACCCUCAGCCUGACCGCGCUCUGCCAGCCUGUGUACCCCUACAGACACCCUGACCCCGCCGUCACCCCCAGCCCUGGCCACUUCCUUGACAACGCCACGGCCCCAACAUCGCCGGGGGACCAGCCAAGCGUCGGGGAGGAGGAGGAGCCAGAGCCAAGCCACACCCCCCUGGAGCUGUCCGUCCUGCUGUUCUUCGCUCUCUUUGGUCUGACCGACCCGGAAGCCCUGCCCCCUCUCCGCCAGUCCCCGCCCACCGCCGCCCUAUUGGCCCGCCUGGCGUUCGGCAGCUACCUGGUUGUCACGGUGAUCGUGCUGAUCAACCUGCUCAUCGCCAUGAUGAGCAACACCUACCAGAGGAUCCAGGCGCGCUCCGACGCAGAGUGGAAGUUCGGCCGGGCCGUCCUCAUCAGAGACAUGAGCCGCAAGUCAGGAACUCCCUCUCCCCUCAACCUCGUCACGCACCUGUAUCACUACGCCAAGGUGCUCUGCAAGCACGCAGGUAAGGUGUGUCCUGGGGAGGGGGGAGAGCUGAAGUCUGAAGAGGAGGAUCCAGAG